ACGGCGUCCGCCAGGCAGUCGAACACGCACCGCCGUCUUCCCCGUGUGUACUUACCUAUCACAGCCGAAGGCGAGAAGCCGGUGCCGCCGCUCUCGUUUAACUAAAUCGUUCCGGACGCAUUUGAUAAUAAUUACAAAAAAAUAAUUAAUUAAUUAAUAAUCAUAUAUUAUUAUUAUACGACACAAUCAUAUCAUUAUUUUUAUCACUGUAUGUCUGUAUUAAAAUAUUGUGGUGUUGCUAUCGUAGCAGUACGCGGUGGUGGUGGAACGAAUUUGUUAUCACACAUUUGUACAUUUUAAGUUUAAACUACCGCGGCAAAUCUUUUUAAAAAAAAAAAUUUCGAUUUUCUUCCUGUACACAUACCGCCCGCCGCCAAUCAUGAGGGCUAUUAUCGACUUCCACUGGAUUACCAGACGCACAGUUACUCUUUGGAAGUGAUGAAGGGAAUAUUAUGGCAAUCAAUUUCUCAGCAUCAUUUGCAGCAUGUCUGGCAGCAGGCCUCAAAGUUCCUCGGAAUUUUAUGUAUUGUAUUGCCCAAGAGAACGGUGCUCCAUAUGUUAUAUACAACAAAGAUGGUCACCAUCAAUCGGGUCCAAAUGGCAGCAGUAGUCAAUGGGGCCCAGGCAGUUCUCAAAAUGGAUACCCUGCUCUCAUAUCGUCCCAACACGAAUCUACAGAACAGUCGACUGAACAGGCACCUCAACCAACGAUUACUUCGCCUUUACCAUCACCAUAUCCAACGGCUAAUCAUUCAGUACAAGGUUCUGGAAAUAAUGGCGAAGAUGAGGCACCUCAAGAAGAGAGUGCUGUUGACUCAGACCGUACUCAACCUGGGCAGUACAGUUCUGGAGACCCCUCAAAUUACUACUCCGGUGUUAGAGGCGGGCCUCCGCACAUGCUCAGUCCGUCAAGUUUUAUGUCUUAUUUAAAACAACCAGGAGUCAUGUUGACUCCCCUAAAUCCUGCUGAAGCGUCUGGUGAUUUUCCUAAUAUGCCCGAUCUAAUACACCAACAACAAGAAGUGUCUGGGAAAAAAGGUUCCGACUUACGAAUGUUCAAGUGCCUUUCAUGCGGCAAAGAUUUCAAACAGAAAGCUACGCUCAUGCAACACGAACGCAUACACACCGAUUCCAGACCAUUUGUAUGUAGCGAUUGUGGUAAACGUUUCCGUCAGCAAUCCCAUUUAACACAGCAUGUGCGGAUACACGCUAACGAAAAGCCAUUUGUGUGCGUCUACUGCGAGCGAACUUUCCGACAAAGAGCCAUACUCAAUCAACAUCUGCGGAUCCAUUCGGGUGAGAAACCGUACGGGUGUGGUGACUGCGGCAAGGCGUUCCGGCAGAAAGCCAUCCUGAACCAGCACGUCCGCACUCACCAAGACAUAGGACCUCAUUUAGUAUAUAAGAACGGACAACUAUGGCCCCAAGAUGUGCCUUUACCGCAAUCUAAAAAUGGACAGUAUGAUUCAAACGACUCUUGUUUUUCUCCAGAAAAUGCUCCUCAGUUCCCGGCUUACUUUAAAGACGCUAAAGGUGUGGUACAUGAAAUAUUUGGCCAAACUGGAAAAAGUUUGCCGGAUGUGAUUCAACACGGCCGUAGUGCUGGAAUGCCUCUGUACGUUCGCUGUCCAAUUUGCAACAAAGAAUUUAAACAGAAAUCGACGUUACUUCAACAUGGAUGUAUUCACAUAGAGUCCCGACCGUAUCCUUGUGUUGAAUGCGGUAAAAGGUUCCGACAGCAGUCUCACCUCACUCAGCAUUUACGCAUUCACACCAACGAAAAACCUUUUACGUGUAUUUACUGUGGACGAAACUUCCGUCAACGCACCAUACUGAAUCAACAUUUACGUAUCCAUACUGGUGAAAAACCGUAUAAAUGUCUGCAAUGCGGUAAAGAUUUUAGGCAAAAAGCUAUUCUUGAUCAGCACACUAGAACCCAUCAAGGAGAACGACCGUUCUGCUGUCCGAUGCCCAACUGUCGUCGACGAUUUGGUACUGAACAAGAAGUAAAACGUCAUAUAGACAACCAUGUGAAUCCUCACGCUAACAAACGACGACCAGAAAUCAGUAAACCUGGACGUCCUCCACACUUGAACACAAUACUCAAUCAACCAUCUGGAAUCGUAAGGCCAGAAUUAUACUUCCCACAAUGUUAUGCAAUGUCUUCACCAUUCGCCAACCAUCAUCAUCAUCAUCAACAGAGUUUUGUGUCGUCUUCACCUGUCAAUCAUGUUCCUCCACCGUCGACAGCCGAGUUUAACAAAGGGCCUCAAUCGGCGGUCAACAACACGACCGAGUUCAGUGUUAAGUCAGCGAAUACAAAUCUUGCAACCGCUGCAGCACCUAUUGCGGUUGUGCAAUGAUUAUGUCUAGCAUAAUUUUUUUUAAAUUUUGUUGAAAACUCAGAUAAAUUUUACAUGUGAUAUAAUAUUAAUAUCUAAAAUGGAAAAAAUGAUUGAUUUUGCUGAUUAUGAAAAAAUACAUAUAAUAUAUUAUGAAAAUAUAAAAUGUCUAUAAAGACAUAAAUCCGGGUUACCAUAUUAUCUUCUUUAAACUGAUUGUAAAAAAAAAUAUAUAUUUUGUUACCAAUAAAAUUAAAACAAAAAUAUAAUACUAAAGUAUAAUGUAAAUAAUAUAUUCACCCCAUGAUUUAAUUGCCAACAAAGUGCAUUUUUUUUUUUAUAAAUUAUUUUGUUACAAAAUUCCUUGUUAUUUAUCUUUACAUUUUAUGUUUGUAUCACAUUUUCAAAAAUAUUGUUUGUGUCUUGAGAAAAGUAUUGCAUCUUUAAAUAAAAAAAACUACUAGUUGUAAGUGUAUAAUAAGUAUAAAUAGUUAUUUAUAUUAGACAGCCAUCCUAUAAUUAUUUUUUAAUGUCUUUUAUUCUAUGAAUUAAUUAUCCAUUCAAAUGUAUAAGGUCUAAAUAUAAUUUUUUAUUUUUCUUCUUUAAUACAUUAUGAAAUAUGUCUAAAAUAUAAUGUUAAUCUUUUAGUUAAACCGUUCAAAGUUUAAAUGAUUUUACUUAAUUUUUUUCAGUUUUCACUUGUAACCCAACUAAAUUUGUACCAUUUU